AUGGAAGUCGAUGGAGAAGAUGAGUGUGCAGAGGGCGAACACCCCUCGUUCACUAACCCCUCAGUUCCGCUGCCCCUAACCAUCGGUAUAGAAAUCGAGGCACUCUUCGUCUACAACGUCAAGGCUAUGGAAGCUGAUGUCGAAGCCAUGGAGGCCAGAUACGGAAAGGCAAAGCCUCCUUCUUACUCAAGCUGGCUACUCGUAGUUGCCCAUGCGCUGCGUGAGGCAGGUGUGGAUGUAAACGUUCCUGGUGACGGUAACGAGGCACCGCAGUACACGCGCUGGGGAGUCAGUUGGGACUGGUCGGUAGAUGACAUGAGGGGUCUGGAGGAAGGCGGCUGCCACCUGGAUUUGGUCAUGGACCCGUCCGAGGACCAGGACUUUGGCGGCAUGGGGCCGACGAAAGUGGACAGUUCGUGGGCGGACUCGGAGAGCAUUAAGCAGCUCAAGCGUGAGGGAGAAUACGCGUUCGUCGGGCUGGAAUUGCAAAGCCCGAAGUACUUGUGGAGUAGCGGAGAUUGCUGGCGCGAUGAUGUGCGACAUACGCUGGAUGCGCUGCAUAGGCUGUUCAACAACCGUAGUAACGACCGUUACCGGCUAUACACUCCCGAAUCGACGUCGCUACACGUACACGUGGGGGUAGGCACACAGUCAGAAAGGUACACGCUACCGCUAUCUUCGAUCAAGAGCUUCAUACAGCUGGUGACGGGCUUUGAGCGCCUUACGGACGAGCUGCAUGCGAUUCCGCGUCUUGACUCGCGGGCUGUGUAUUGCUGGCCGAUGUCUAGAGUCAUCGACUCGCGCGCUGAAUAUGAAAGGUAUGAAAAGAGUAAACGCUUUCUUAAUUUCGACGACGACGGGGAUGACGAGGUAUCGAUGUCCAACAGUCCUCCAGGUAGAGGUACUGUGGAGAGUUGGUGCCAGAAUGUUGAGCAAGAGGUUCAAGAAUGGGAGGACCUUGUUCGGCUGAAAUUCAAGGCAAGGCGCGGGCAAGCAUACAACCUCAGAGAACUCAAGAUUUCUGAGGGCAAGCUUGACGAAAAUUGCAAGGGGACGAUCGAGUUCAGACAACACCGCGGGACACUAGAUGCUGACGAGGCUAUAGCGUGGGUUGAGGUGGCGACAAGCAUGAUUCGGUUCGCGCACAAUACGGCCUUGACGGGUAACAUGCUGUCACUUGUUCAGCAGUACUCGGGACAUCCGAAGAUGGGCUUCGACGCAUUCAUGUACUUGAUUGGCGUGUCUGACAAGACGAUCGGCUACUACACCAUGUGGCUGGACGUCGACGCCAACUUUGACCGCGAUGGGUGCGAGGAGAGCGGCAUUCAUAGUAGGCGCGUUGAGGGGUGGGAGAAGACGGAGAUGCUAGGCUCGCGGCUGAACGACAUGACGGAUUUUUUCGCGGGUCGUCGUGAACAGCAGAAGAAUCCCGAGGAGGUGAUGCAGGCCAUCGUUUUGCGUCUGAAGUCAGGCGACUACGGGCUGCCAGAAGAGGUAGUAAGUCAGCUCCUGCAGGAGAAGUACCCAGGUGUCGGUGGAGCUUUUCCGCACCAUCAAUGGGAGCGUAGUACAGGUAGGUGGUAA